AUGUCUCACAGUCGUCCCUGGAACCCAAGUGCAAUCCACGAAGUAACUUGGGACUCUGGACUGAAGGAAAUGAAUGAGACCUGGAAAGGAGCAAUUGGCUGCCUUGGGGUGGCUGUGUUUUUUGUGAUGACGAUUGGGAUUAUUUACUGGCAAGUGGUGGAUCAGCCAAACAAAAACUGGAUCCUCAGAGGGAGCACCAACGGGCUUAUCUGGGAACGAAAAUCUCACUCCCUCAUCCUGCAGGCUCUCAGUGAAGAGAAAACCGUGCUGGAGAUUAACAUGGGCAGCUUCCCAGACAUGGAACUGCCGUUUGUGAAGGACCUGUGUGGGCUAAACAAGACAGAAUUUUGCUACACCUGGGAAGCCACAGUAGACCUCAAGAUCUCCCUGGAACCCAGCCUUUCGCCCAACACAGAGUGCUACAGUAUAAACUGGAACCCUCUGCACUGCCAGGUUAAAAUAAAGGACUGCUUUUCUAUGGCAAAUAUUUCCUGGUAUGGUGGAGCAAGUAUCAGCCCCCAGCACUGGCCUUUGAACAAUGUGAACAUGGAAUCCCAACCAUUCAUUAUCAGCAAGCCUCUCAAAAACCCUACUGGCUAUGGAUCUGUCCUAGAAAAAUAUUUUUUGGGAUCAACUGGGGUGACAGUGAUGAUUGCCUCGGAUGUACCCAUCUCCUUCUCAGUAGAAAGGAAUAAACAUUUUUGCCUGGAGAGCACCCUUGGCAUUGACAUGGCACCCCUGCAGUACACAGUGUGUAUCAGUCAGGACAUUACAUCUGCCCACCAGGAAGUGGGGAGUCGGCUUUCAGGACAACCGCGGAGGCUACCAGAUACUCACAUACUCAGGUUGCCAGUCUGGAGGUAUUACGGAGCAGAAGAUUCUGCUGCCAAACUGGAGCAAGGAUUAAAAUCUUUCUUCAAUAGACUGCAAAGACAUGAUCUUGGGGAGGGCAUAAUCACUCUCAAUGAGCAUUGCACAAUGUUGCUUUGUAAUACGGACCAUACACAUUUACCUGUGCUGAAAAGAAGAAGGCUGCAUACCCCAAGACACACCAUGGACCACUCACUCAUAAAAUCUCUCAAGCUGUCCAUCACUUUGUCCCCUUAUGCAAGCAUCAACUCCCAACUUUUUCAGAUGUCUCUGCAAGAAGGCAAAGAAUACUUUUGGCUGAGCCGCCACUCAGAAUCUGGUGACUAUUCGGCACCAUUGCUCACCAAAUGGAAAGGACAGUUUUCUGCUCGACUGAAUGUUACCAGCCAGGCUGCAGUGCUCUGGUACAUGGACCAAGUGAACCUCUUGAGGCAGAGACUGGGAGCAGAAUACGUGGUUUUUGAAGGUGGUGAAGGCAACCUGUUUAUGGAGCAAGCCAUCCCACCCCCCAUGGGACUCAAAGGGGAUAAUUACAUUUGCACUUUAGCCUUGAUAGCAGCUACACUAGGAAAUUCAUCAAUAAUUAGUGCUGGCACAAGAUCUAGCCACCUGCCACUCUUUCUCCAGAUGAACAUGCGCCAAUCUGACUGGACUUACGCCGGCUUAAAAGGGAUCAUUCCAUCUGUACUUCACUACAGUCUUCUCGGUUACAACUUUUUUGUCCCAGAUGCAAUAGGAGGGACACUUGCAGGUGCAUUUCUGACUGAUGAAGAGCUGUAUAUUAGGUGGCUCCAGAUUGUGACCUUCCUUCCAGUGAUGUCCUUCAGCACUCCACCAUGGGACUGUUGUGAUGAGUGGGUGCUGAAUCUCACUAGGCAUUAUGUACAGAAGCAUCAGGAUUUUGUGGUGCCUCUCAUUGAAAAGUAUAGCAAGGACUGGCUCAUCUUGGGGUAUCCUAUUUUCCGACCUGUCUGGUGGCUCAGUCCCACUGAGUCCAUCGCCUUUACGAUUGAUGAUGAAUUUCUCAUAGGGGAUGAGGUGCUUGUUGCCCCAAUAACCGAAUCAGGGCAAAAGCAGAGAGACAUCUAUCUACCCAGGAAAGGUCAGAAGUGGAUGGAUACUAACACUGCUCAAGUGUUUGAUGGAGGGACCUUCAUCAGAAACUACUCCGUUGCUCUUGCAGAUGUGCCCGUUUUUGUCUCCAUUUCCUAGAUUGUCCCAGAUCUCAGAAAGUUUACCUGUGUCUCAGAAAAACAUUGCUGACAAAGAAGUUCUCUCUCCUUUUAAAAUGACUUAUCAGUCAGUUACACCUUCCCAGGAAUUAUACAGUAUAUUAAAAUAAAUAUCAACAUG